CUAGCCAGUCUGGCGGAAAGGAAAUGUUUGACUCCACUUACGCGUUCAAGUCGCCGCAACGUGCUAAAUGAUGUCGCACCGACUAGACUACGCCACUCGAUUUGACGUCGGCCGCCGCAACUCCAUUUUGGUGUUCCAAUUUACUUGACAAAAAGAAAAAAAAAUUCUCCCCUUCCCCCCUUUGCUGCGAUGAUGCUCGCCGGCUAUGGCAUCCUCGCCGUUGUCCUCGUCCUCCUGCCGCCGUCGGCCACGCCGGCUGGGAUCGCUGACUGCGACCUCGGCGUCGGCAACACGUACGUGGGCAACAGCACGUUCGAGGCGAACCUGAACCACCUCGCCGCGGAGCUCCCCGGCAACGUCUCCACGGCGCAUACCGGCGGCUUCGCGGUCGCCACCGUCGGCGCGGAUCCCGACCAGGUGUUCGCGCUGGCGCUCUGCCGCGGCGACGUGAACGCCACAGCCUGCCGCGCGUGCGUCGCGGCGGCGUUCGUCGACGGGAAGAAUGCUUGCCCCGGCAUCAAUGGCGUCACCGUGUACGAGGACGCCUGCGUAGUUCGCUUCUCCGGCCAGAGGUUCAUGGAUUUCCUCAGUCCGGAUCAGUGGCAGGUCACCGAGAUGAUUUGGGUUCCCGAGCAAGCCUCGGAGAGCGUCAAUGCGCCGGCGGUUGGCUGGUUCAACGCCGCCAUCGCGAAGAUCCUCGCCGCCCUGGUCGACCACGCCGUGGCCACGGCGACGGGCAACAACUCGACCACCAAGAAGUAUUUCGCCACGGGUGAGGAGGACUUCGACCCCAACAUCUACGGGUUCGCGCAGUGCGUGCCGGACCUGACGCAGGAGCAGUGCAAGGAAUGCCUCAACACCUUCCUUUUUCAAGCAAAACAAGUGUACUUUGGCAAGAGCCUUAGCUGGGUUGGUAUGAAUUCGGUGUGGUGCAGACUGAUGUAUAGUGUGCGGCCGUUCUACGGAGGCCGGGCGAUGCUGCAGCUGUCGGCGCCACCACCACCAGCAGCCGAGGCUCCGGUUCUAUCUCUAGAGCCUGGAGCAGGGAAGAAAAAGAGUGCAGCUGGAAUCGCUGCCGUCGUCGCUUCUUCAGUUGUGGUAUUGUUGAUCCUUUCAUUUUUUGCAGUUGUUCUCUUCAGGAGAAGGUCCAAGGUUACUGAGACUGACCACCAGUUGAGGAAGAUAACAAGAGCACAAUGCUUGAUUUUUGACCUGCCAGCUCUGCAAGAGGCAACGGAUAACUUCUCGGACAAUAAUAAGCUCGGAGAAGGUGGUUAUGGUAUUGUAUACAAGGGAGUACUCUCAGAUGGACAAGAAGUAGCAGUGAAGAAACUUUUGGGAACAAGUGAGCAUGGAUUGGAUCAGCUACAAAAUGAGGUGUUGUUAUUGGCAGAGCUUCAACACAAGAACCUUGUUAAGCUACAAGGGUUUUGCUUGCAUCAGGGGGAAACACUGCUUGUUUAUGAAUACGUCAAGAACGGGAGCCUGGAUAACUUUCUAUUCGAUACCAGUAGGGGAAACACACCAAACUGGGAGCAACUGUACAACAUCAUUUUUGGAAUUGCCAAGGGAAUAUUGUAUCUUCACGAGGACUCAAGCUUGAGGAUCAUUCACCGAGACCUGAAAUCAAACAACAUCCUACUUGGGGAGGACAUGGAACCAAAAAUUGCAGAUUUUGGAUUGGCAAGGCUACUAGAAGAAGGUCAUACUAAUACUCGGACAACUAGAAUUGUUGGAACAUUCGGUUAUAUGGCACCUGAGUACGCAAUACACGGAAAUGUGUCAACCAAGAUCGAUGUUUUAAGUUUUGGUGUGUUGGUCCUUGAAAUUGUAACAGGGAGAAGGAACCUCAAUUCUGACGAUCAUGAUCGCGGGAAUCUCCUUAGUGAUGUCUGGAAUUGCUGGACAAAAGGGACGGUUACACAACUAAUUGACCAAUCACUUGAAGAGCAAUUCCGAAGACAAGCACUGCGAUGCAUUCAUAUCGGGCUGCUGUGUGUCCAGUCAGAUCCUGAUGACAGGCCUCACAUGUCAUCUGUCAUUUUCAUGUUGAGUAGGGAAAACAUGAAUCUUCAGCCACCGGCACAACCUGCAUUCUUCUUUGAUGGAGACUCAAACUCAUGUUCUCAACCCUUUGAGCAACCCGUGUAUAAUCGGCCUAAUGCAAUCUAUGAAGAGGAUAUCUCCGUGAAUAGGAUGACAGUUACUGACAUAUACCCCAGAUAACCCUUCCCCCUCCCCAUUCCUAAUCCCCCCUUUCCCAGUGGCGCAAUUGUCACCAUUGUUUGUCAACUUCAUUGAACCAUCUGCGUAUGGUUUGAUCUGCACCUUAGAAGGCACAUUUAAAUAUUCUAGUUGUUGUCAUUACAUUAUAUUCUUAUAUGGCCAGUUAUCUUAUGUUCUUUGCACACUCUGAA